GAGGACGCUUCCCUGGCAGUAAAUCCAGUGGGAAUUCCUCCUCCAGUCUGGGAGAGAUGGUGUCAGGAACGUUCAAACCAAACCCAAACUCUGCAGGAAAGCAGAAACAGAAAGUGGCUGAGCAUGUUCCGCCAUAUGACGUGGUUCCCUCCAUGAGGCCAGUUGUCCUGGUGGGACCCUCCCUGAAAGGUUAUGAGGUCACCGACAUGAUGCAGAAAGCGCUGUUUGACUUCCUGAAGCACAGGUUCGAUGGGAGGAUAUCCAUCACGAGGGUAACAGCUGACAUAUCGUUGGCCAAGAGGUCAGUACUAAACAACCCCAGUAAGAGGGCCAUCAUUGAGAGAUCCAACACCCGCUCCAGCCUUGCUGAGGUCCAGAGUGAAAUAGAGAGGAUCUUUGAGCUGGCCAGGUCUUUACAGCUGGUGGUUUUGGAUGCUGACACCAUUAACCACCCAGCGCAGCUCAUCAAGACUUCAUUAGCACCCAUUAUCGUCCAUGUUAAGGUGUCCUCGCCUAAGGUCUUGCAGAGGCUGAUCAAAUCAAGAGGGAAGUCUCAAAGCAAACAUUUGAAUGUGCAGCUUGUUGCAGCAGAGAAACUAGCACAGUGUCCUUCUGAGAUGUUUGAUAUUAUUUUGGAUGAGAACCAGCUUGAAGAUGCUUGUGAACACCUGGCAGAGUACCUGGAGGCGUACUGGCGUGCGACGCACACUUCGCUUUCCAUGCCGCUCAACCCCCUCCUGGGACGCAAUCUGGGCUCCACUGCUCUCUCCCCGUAUCCUGCUGCCAUUCAGGCCCAAAGAAACCGUAACAGCAACCACACGACGACAGACCAUUCGCCCGUUGAACGUCGCAGUCUAGUGUCUGCCGAUGAGAACUGCCAUAACGAGCGGGCACGGAAGAAUCGCAACCGUCUCUCCUCAGGCUCACAGCACAGCAGGGACCACUCUCCUCUGGUGGAGGAGGACUACCAGGACCCCUACCAGGACUCUUAUAAGCCCCACCGUAACCGAGGAUCCCCGGGAGGCUAUAGCCAGGACUCCAGGCACCGGCUCUGAGCUGUGGCCUGCUGUUAACAAAGUAUAGGCCUGUGUCUCUUCAAGCGACCACCGUGAACACAAGGGGAAAGUUUGCUAUUACAUGAUAAAUCUCUUACAUUCACGAGGACUGAAACCACCUUUUAUUUUGUGUAGUACCUCAUAUCUACUUUGGCCUUGGCUCCUGACAAAUGAGCAUUUGAACCCAAAAAUAAGAAUCCUGCUCUUGCUUUGAUGUGAACAAGGUACUGGAUAUGAAAGUAGCACAAGAUCAGUAAAGUUAUAUUUAAGAGGGAAAGUUGGACAUUUUUUGAAUAUGUCACCAGUAUGACAUGUGAGUGAAGUAAACUAGGCCCUUCUGGACCAUUCCCGCUGUCUCAGCUGUUACUGUAGCAUGCAGGUAGGACUGUAAUUACAGGGACCAUCUGACUCAGGCCAGUGCCAGACAGCAUCCAGCAGUGAUGAUCAGCGCAGAACUUGUUUGCACGGGUCCAGGAGAUGGUAGAAGGAGAGUUUAAUGCAUCUUUAAUGUGCCGCUGUCCUUGAUGUGUGUGAUAAGUCCUGUAAAGCUUGCUCCCGAAUCCUGAAUUUUACAACUAUUGUUUUAAAGUGACAUGAAUGGCUAAUUCAGGGUUCAUGCAGUAGCUUCCUGUUCCCUUUCUUUUUAAACGCUGUUUUUGUCAUAAAUCAUAUGACAGAAAAGGAGAAAAAUCAUGCAGAUACUAAUACAUUUCAAAGCUCCACAACCUCAGGAAUGAGAGGUCAAUUAGACCUAGAAGUGUAGCGUUUAUGUUCUCACCCCUGAUGGGAGUGUGAUUCUGAGAGUUAUGUUAUUUUUGUGAUUUUAUGAUUUUGUUUCUUGAAAAAAAAAGCUGUUUUUCCAGCACAGAAGUCUUUAAAAUGGUCACAACAUCGCAUUUCUCACAUGCCAUGCUUCAAUUAACUGCUGUUGUCUGUCAUGGGUUUCGUAGGACAUGGAUUAAGCAAGACUUUGGGUUUUUGUGAGUGAUUUAUAUUGAGGGCUUCCAUAUAUAAUACACUGAAAAAUAAUCAAAGGAAAGAAAUUUUAAUUUGUGUAAAGUUCAAUUUCCAGAACAAUAAAUUACAUUCCAUUUAUGUCAUUUUAUAUAAGAGCCUUGCUUACACCCUCCAACCAUCAGACAAAAAAUAUAUUAGUAAAAGGUUUUAUAAAAUAAAGUAACACUAAACACUUUCCUUGAGUAGCAAUUUAACAUGCACCUCUUCUAUAUUGUCAUUUACAGCUUUUCUAUGUAUUCUCCUUGAGUUUUAUUAAAGACUACUGAUAAAUAAGAAGCUGUCUAAAAGCACUUGGGCAGGACUGCACUGCCUUUGUUAAUAGUGUCAUUUACAUGCUACUUUUAUGGAAAUGUUGAGCAGCCAGUUCUCCCCCAUCUUUCAAUUUAUAUGUACGCUACCAGCUAAUAUGGGAUUAAAUAGCAUUACCUUUUACAUGACAUAUCCUUGUAUAUUGUAUUUUAAUAUUUAGAUAUUGAAAAGUUUCGUUUUAUUUCAGGUCAUAGACCAGAGAUCUCAUUGUGCUGUGAUUCUGCAGAGGGAAGUCUGACGAGCAGGCUUCCGUUCUUAUUUUCCUUACACAGUAGCUUUUAUUGUUGUAGUUUCAAAACAGUGGAGCAUAAGCAGUGAUUUAAAAGAUUUGAAUACUGCCUGUGAGAGAAUGAUGCAUUGAUUAGAAUUUGUGUGCACUGUCAUUUUACAACUGUAAUGAAAUAAACUGCUGUUAUGCUGU